AUGUUGAGCAAAAAGUUAAGAAGUUUGGAAGUCAAAGUCAAUCUUCCUACUGAUGACUUGUUCGGUUGGCGUUUUUCUCUUCAAAUUCGGUUCGAUACGUUGCAGCAGAUUUGUCUCGACAGGAUGUCAUUGCUUGGAAAAAGUUGUGAAAUAUUCUCUAUGAUAUCUGAUAUAAUGAGAGUUUGA